AUGUCGGGACCUUACCAUGACAAUGGUGCUACUGGAUCGGGGUCCCCAAAUAACCUUACAUCGACCCAGCACCUUCAACCAACAUCACCGCCACAGUCCGACCAGGGUAACCCAACCUCUUCUUUUCUAAACGCGUCAAAUACAUCUUUUAUCGAUGACUCAACUCAGGACUCCGACGAUGCUACAAAUUUUGCAGCUCUUUUCCAGCAGAUUCAAGAGGAGCAGUCUGGUGAAACAGGUUCGCAAGCAAACACUGACGAAGAUAAUAAUACUUCUGCCGAGAUUGAUUCGGUUGCUGCUGCCCUCAGCGAGCAAAUUUUACGCGCAUUAAACUCAUCUCUCGCUGAUGCUACUGACAACGCGUCAAAUGAUGAAAAUGAUGACUUUUCAGCAGAUCCUCAUCUUUCUCAGUCAUCAUCUGCACAUCUUCAAGAUCCAGUUCGCCAGGAUCCAUCUCAAAAUGUUCCGGAAACGCUACCCCCGCCGUCGCCACCCCCGAGAACUGAUAAUACCCAAGAUGACAACAACCUUGCUACUGAUCUCGCAGAGGUCUCAGAUAUUGAUGUUCAACAACUUUUGGCUUCAGUCUCUGCCCUAACUCAAAAUCUAGAAGAUGACUUAACCCAAGAACCGACUCAACCUGAUAUUUCUCAUAAUCAUGACAUUACAAGUAGCCUUAACUUUCUUCAGAACCAACUUGCAACCAUAGAUACAACAGAAGCUUCUCCGCAACUUUCUAGCUCAGAUCAGUCUAUAACUAUAGAGAAUAACUCAACUAAUUCAUUUUCAGAUGAUGCACUUCUUUCUCAGAUUAGCGAUGCUUUAUCGCGUAACGCUGCUCUGGCAGUCCCUGAAAAAGUUGAAGACACAAACACCAUUAACAACUCCACCUCUCCCAUAGAUCUUUCGGAAUUUUAUGGUGCUGAUUCUGCCAUGGCUGCAACUAUUGAUUCUGCCGCUGGAGCUGCAGCAGAAGCUCUUGUCAACGCUGUAACGACAAAUAACGGAAUGCAUAUCGACCCUGAUGACUCAACAGAUGCUUCAACUGACAACUUUAAUGAAAUUAUUCUUAACGCUCUUAAAAUGGCCCUUGAUUCAACAAAUGAAUCAACAUCUGACCAACUAGAGCCACUUUCUCAGGCAUUUUCUGCUCUUUCUUCUCUACCCUCUAAUGACCACUCUAACGAUAAUAAAAAUAAUAAUAAUAAUAAUAAUGACCACUUAAUGAUUGAUGAUAACAAUGACCUGAAAAAUACUACCCCUGCCAAUAUACUGGAUUCAACUUUAAACGAGACAAUAGAUGAAAAUGAAGAUGAUGUGGCCCAAAGCCUUAAGUUUCUUUCAGGUAUUCUCAUGCAGGCUGAAAAAGCUGAUACAGAACAAGAAGACGUAAAUAUGUUAGAUGCAACAACAAAAACAACUACCAGCGUUACUCCAAAUUUUGUUUCAACUACGAAAACUCCGAUUCAGGCUCCUCCUAAAAAUUCAUUUGCAUCACCGAUUCCUCGUACUCCUUUUCAGCCUGUUGGCUCGCCAGCUUCUGUCUAUUCUCCAGCUCCCAAGAUCUCUGUUCCGGUUACUAAACCAGCCCUUAAACCAGUAUCAAAGCCCGCACCUUCCUCUACUCGCAUAGGACCUACUCAACCACGUGAAACAACUCAAGUGCCUCCUCCUCAAACAAGAGUCUCUACACCUUCCUCAACUAAUCCUCCUGCGCGUCCACUUCAAAAAAUAGUACAGCCAUCGGCCCCUUCUCGUUCACAACCUGCUCCUGUGCGUAAUCAACAAACUCCAUCUACAAUAACACCUCAUGUACAGCAGUCAUUUCAAAAGGCUCCCCAAAUUCAUAAAUCAUCUCAUUCACAACCUCUUUCAGUACAUAAUGAAUCGACUCCGAUUCCAAUACGUCAGCAGCAGGUUCCUCAAAAGCCUGCAUCUUCUUAUCGGCCUGUACCAACACGCCCAUCACAGCAACAACUUCCACAGGCGCCCCAAUCUGUGACUACACCUCCGAUCCGUCAACCAACUUUAAAUCAGCCAUUGUCAACAUCUUCUCAGAGUUCAAGCUCUGUCCGGCGUCCAUCAGUCCAGCGUCGCCCCUCUACAACUUCUAGCUCACAGCAAGCUCUUCGUCGUCCAUCUAUCUCUUCUGCAGCUCGUCGACGGUCGCGUGCCAACAGUUUCAAAGCCGUUGCUGCAGCUCUGGCAAAAAAGCGCCACUUUAGCUUUGAUGGAAAUCGCUUCGCUAUUGAUGACGACGAUGACGAUGAUGAAAAUGUUCCUGUCUCAGAGUCUCAGCAGCAGGCUAUUAUGGCACAACUGGCAUCUUUGCUUGGCCAGGACUCCGACUUUCUUAUGGGGGAUGAUGAAGCUAUUGAUGAAUCUGAAGAGAUAGACUCUCUUUCACAACCGAAUUCUCCUGAUCUUUCAGCAAUAGAGCAAGAAAUGGCCCAGUCUAUUUUUCGCCAACUUGAGCAACAUUCUCAUUUAUUUACGGAGCCUGAAACACCUAAUAAGCCUCUUCCUGAAUCUGAACCUAUUACUGAGGAACCGGAAGAGGAAGACGAGGGUGAUAUUGAUUUGGAAAAGGUUUUGGCUGAAGCUAUUGGAAAAUCGUUGACUGAACAGAUGCAUCAACAAGAAGAUCAGCCAAAUAUUGUUGAGGAAUCUCAAGAAGGCCCUCUAGACUACAGCUCAGUUUUAAGUGCCCUGCAACAAGCAAUUCAAGAAGCCGCAGAGGAGCAACCCUCUGAGCAUAUGGAUCUAGAUUCUGAAACUUCGGAUAUUGACGAAGAUGUGUUUAAACCAGCUCCUAAACUUAAGCCUGUGGAACACACACAGGAAGAAGAAGAACAGUUUUUGGCGUCUGAUAUAGAGGCUGCUCUUCAAUCGCUUUUGAGCUCUACUGCUGCUGAAGAACCUCAAGAACAACCAGUUGAAAAGCCAAAUUUGCCGCAGCAGCAGCAGCAGCAACCGCAACAGCUUCAACAUUUACUCGAUGAAGAUGAAGAGUCACUUCAAACUGCAACAAUGCUUGUUGAAACCCUUUUAAACUCUGGUCUAGUUAGUUUGGAGCAAAUUGCUGCCCUUGGCCAGCCGGGUGAAAUAUCUGAAGAAAUGCAGCCAGAACCUAUUCAACAUACGCCUCAACUGCAAAUAUCAAUGCCUCAACAGCAAAGAAAACAAGUACCUCCUAUUGAACGGCCUCCUGUUUCCAAUGUGACUUUGAAGCAAGUACCUAAACCAGUAACUAAGACCGCUCCCAGAGUCCGAGAAUCAGGAGCACCACCGACUGCUUCGGCAGCUACGUCUCAACAAAGAGUUCGGAAUGAUGUGGAAGCUGAGCAGCAGUACCGGCUGCACCAGCAACAUCAGAAUGACGUUUUGCAAAUGCAAAACCAGCAACUUCAGUUUCAGCACCAACAGCUCCAACAACUUCAGCAGAAAACUUCUGGGUAUCAUCCUCCACUCCCCCCUUUACCUCCAGCAGUCAUUCCUUCCAUACCUCUUCCGUAUACUAAAACUCAACCAAAACAAACUCAGCAGCCUUCAGUUUCUGUACAGCAAUCGAGGCGUGCACCACCUGUCUCGCAACAAAAACCUACUGCUCGACCGAUACCCGCCGCCACCAAUGCACCAAUUACCGUUUCCCAACAAAGGCCAACACCUGCGGUUGCUCCUCCUUCUACUAUGCCUAAACCCAAGCCAGCUACGGUACCUAUGCCUACUUCCAUUCCUCUUCUAAGUACCUCAGCGCCUUCUGCACCAGCGAUUCAGGCACCUAUGGGAACAACACAGGCCCAGAGUAAGCUUUCAAAUAAAGUACCCUCCGCUUCUGCAGUUUCUUCACCGAUGGCUCCAGUGCUGAAAAAUAUACCGUCUGAAAUACCUUCAACAUCAUCUCUUUUGCAAAAUCAUGCAAUUGUUCAGACACAAACACCAGCUCAAUCUUCUACUCAAGGGGGGGCUUUACCAACUGUUCAGGCUUCUAAAGUUCAUGCUCCAGUUUCAGUUCAAAGAUCAGUUCAACCUCCAAUAGAGGUAUCGAAUGGUCCACCAACUCAACCUAAAUCUACCACCAUAUCUGUCCAGCAAAAGCAGACUCCAAUUCGUACAACACCACCACCACAAUCAGUUAUCACAAUAAGUCCCAGUCCCCCUGAUAUUGCAUCUUCGAACCAAUCCCCGCAGCAAAUAAUUUCUCCUACCCUUUCUCCUUCACCUCCUUUCCAACCUCAGCAACAACAACCUCAGCCACAAGAACAGGGACAGGGACAGCAGCAACAACAAUCUUCUCAACCAGCUCAAAAAUCAUCAGCUGUUGGAUCGAUGUCAAUUGCUGAGACUUUAGCCUUUGCACGAGCCCACAUGAGUUUGAAGCCUGCGGAAAACAAGAUUGAUCCUAUGGUUGCACGGCGCGAAAUGAACCUUGCUGCUUUACGUGCUCGUCAAUCUACACUUGGGGGCUCUUCAGUACUAAGCACUGCACAAGCUCUUGUUUCAUCGGCUAUUGCAGGUGUACGUGCUGCAGCUGCUGUUGGAUCUUCGCCGGCUUCUGCAGGAUCUAAUAGAAAUCUUUCUACAGACAAGUUUCAAACAUCUUUGCGGGCCGCUGGGAUUAAUUCACAGAGUUCUGGUGGUGUUAAGUAUAAGAUGUAUACUCCUGGGCCAUCUACUUCCUCUGGAUCAGGGAGUUCAAUUGGCACUUCAAAUGUCAAUUCUCGACAAGGAGCCUCAGCAUCUUCAAAUCUGGGCAAUACUUUGGCAAAUAGUUUAAGUAAUUUGUCAAUGCGUCCAAGGGCUGCUGCGUCGCAAACCAAGUUUUAUUACUACACGCCCCCAGGUAAGACUGCCGGCCAGUCAUCAGAAAGACCUGCACCAGCGUUUAGUUCAAUUCCUCGGUUCUCUACUGAGCCAACUGCAAUGAAUAAUAUGCGACGGCCAUCUGCAACAGGCUCUGCUAACAACAUGUCAGCAUUACUAAACGCUAACCACCGUAAUUUGGCACGCGACCUUGUAUCAGGCCGUAUGACGCCGGCGUCUACGGCUGCUGCCUCUGCAAUUGCUGCUGCUGCGGUACAAGCUACCGGUUCACGGCGCUCCAGUUCUACCCAAGAUGGUGGCAGCACUGGAGCAACACAGGGUGGAGUUGCUGCAAAUGUGAUUACAGCUUUAUUGCUUGCCAAACAAAUGAUGGCACAGUCUAAUGUAACUAGUGGUGAAGUCUCUAAUUCUAUAGUUGAUGAAGAUGGAGAUGUGCAGAUGGAAAAUACUACCGAUGAGAAUCGCUCCGUUGAUGACCAAACAAUGGAGGCGAUUCAAGAGGCUUUGCAAGCUCUGGGUCGAAGUCUGCAAGAUGGAGAGCCUGGAUCCACUGGAUCGGGGAGUGCUCAAGGUGAAAUGCCUGCUUCAAUCGCUGGCGAGAGAUUUGCGUCAGUGCCAGUAUCUAUGUCACAGCCAGUUGCUUCUGCAGCUUCAGCUAAGCAGCCACCUCUAGAUGAUAAGGCAUUUGAGGUACCAGAUAUGACUGGCAUGACAGAUAAAGAACGUGUUCGUGUGCUAAACCGUUUGCGCAAAAAGCGGUGGCGUUACAACAAUCUUGACCGGAAUCGUGACAAUGAUUUACGUACUCGUGUGGUUCGGCAAGCAACUAAGCUUUAUGGUUCGGAGAAUACUCCUGAGAAACUUGCAUGGAUCGAGAAAGAGUUUAACCAACGCAAAACCCGACGUCGUGAUAGAUCAACGGCCUCCGUGCCUUACACAAUGGUUCAAAAGCCAACUCCAGCAGGGCUUGUUGUGGCUAACCGAUCUGUGUUUCAUCCAGGAAGCACUUCUACUACAACUAUGACAACAGAGUCCUUACCUGGCGGUAAGCUAACGGUUACUCCUGCAUCUUCAUUUGCAAAGCCAGCAACCUCUACGGAUCCAUCUGCAUCAGCGGCGCUUGCUUCAGCCAAACGGAGUGUUGAUGCAUUUAACAAUACAAUUAGCGCACAGAGCAGACAAGUAUUGACGACAAUUGAUUUGACCAAGUCUUCGGAGUCUAACACAUCCGAAACAGCGAUUACAAUUGAAUCCGACCAUGAAGAAGAAACCAACUCAUUGGGUAUGGUAACCCCAUCCCCCAACAAGCGAAAGCGCUCCAUAUCUUCUGACCAGGUCACUUUUUCUGCAAAUACAGGUCCUCCUGCAUCGCUCUCGUUUAAGCCGCAAGUUGGAUUUACCACAGUCCCGCACCCCAAGCUUUCUCGUAUUUCUAGUUCUGUUUCCGGUAUCAGCGCAUACCCGCCACGUACCGUUUUUACAGCAAACUUGCUGCCGUGUCAGAUUCUGCACAACAACUUUAAUGACAAGAGCAUCCCAAAACCGUUGCCAUAUACACCACCUGUUUCUACGCCUAACAAUGGGAGGUUACCACCAGGCUCGGGAGCGUCAAAAAAUUCGUCGCUUCCUUCUACAACUGGCAAUUCUUCUACGAAUGGGACAUCUCUUUUGGGUUCCAGCGGCGUAUCCAUGGGACGUGGAAUUCCCGGGGGACCCACUGCGGGUAUUUCUGCUACUUCUGCUUCUGCUUCUGCUGCUGGAUCCACCUCCAACAAACCAGGAUUUUUAAGUCGUUUCCCCCGGUUUAAUUUAAGUGCAGCAACUCGACCAUCAACUUUGACAGGAGGCAUGGGCCCUGUGAUGAACCUUGGCGGUGGUCCUCCUGCUACACUUUCUGGCGGCAUGCCACCUUCAUCCUUAUCUGGAGGUGGAAUGACUAGUGGGCCAGCCAGUCGAAGUCCCAGCAAAGGAUUAACGCCUCCGUUAUCCAUUUCAAACGGGGGUGGUGUCCUUUCGCGGCAAGUAAUAUUUAACAGCAACACAACUCCUACAACAUCUGGAGGCAGUAUUACAGGUGGAACGACUGGUGCUACAUCUGCUGGUGGGUCUACUGUAGGUGCUGUUGGAUCCGGAACGUCGUCCAGCACUUCAGGCACUUCGUCACCUAGUGGACCUUCGGCUCCGCUUGCUGGGCAUGCUACACCACGGGCUAGUGCUCCGGUCGUGGUUACAGGGCCCAUACGGCCAUGA